UUGUAUAUGUAGUAUAUUCUUUCCUCACUGAUACCAAUUCUAUUCUCUUCAUUACUACAACACUUUUGAUACCAAUUCUGAAUCUAUCCUGCAAUUCAUUUCUCUCUUUCAUUCUUCUUCUUCAUGGCUGUAAUAAGCUCCAAAACUAGACACUGUGUUCGAAUUACUUUGGGAGUGAUUUCAGCCAUUGUUGGUUUAAUCUUUCUUUCCCAAAGCUCCUUCUUCAAGAUUCAAUUUAAUAAUACUACAAGUUCAAGGUUCUUGGUUUUUGCUUCUCUUUCUGCUCUCCUCAUCUUUCUUGUGUUUGUGGCUGCAAGCUGGAGUGAACUCUUGCAAAAGAUAUGGAGACCAUAAUGACAUUGAUUCGAUUUGGAGGAAAAUGGACAGAUAGAUAUCAGUAUGAUGAGUACACCAUGACUGGACUGAUAAUACCAACAAAUUGUUCUCUAAACAAUUUGGUUCAUUUAGUGAAAACUGAAAUAAAAUGCAAUAUUCAAAAUAUUGAGCUGAGUUACCAGUUAUCACCAGGUAUGCCACCAAUGAAAUUACUCACUGACAAUUCAGUCCUAUUCUACAUUGAGCUGAAAAAGAAGCAAAAUGAAGUAACUGAGCUACCACUAUGCAUCACCACUGUUGAUCAAACAAUAGCUGAAACUGUUCAACACACUACAUAUGAAGAAGAAACACAAAAACAGAACACAGAUUUAGAAAAGCUAGUUCUUCAACUAAACAACGAGCAAUCAGCUACAGAAUUACAAUAUCACGAAGCAACCUACACCAGAAAUAACCAGGUACAAACCUUCCCAAAUACUACAGACAUAGCUGAUGAUGUAGCAGAAUUUAUCAUAGAGAGAACAGAAGAAAACAAAAGAAAAAGAAAAGAAGAAACAUAAAUUAAAACUGAUCAUAAAAUUUUCAAAGUUGAAGAAGGCCAGAUUUAUAAGGACAAAAAGCUCUUAAAAUCUGCUCUAUGUUAUUAUGCUAUGAUCCACAACUUCCAAUUCAAGACAAAAAGAUCUGAACCAAGAGAGUACCUGGUAACCUGUGUGGAUGACAAUUGUAACUGGUUACUUAGAGCUUCAAAGUUCAGGAAAACAGAAACAUUUAAAAUCAGAAAGUAUGUAAAAACUCACACCUGCUCCUUGGAUAUCAUUAUGGAAGACCACAGGCAGGCUAAUUGCAAUGUCAUUGGGGAACUAAUAAAAUCAAAAUACAUGUCAAUAAAGAGAGUACACACACCACAUGACAUAAUCAACGACAUGCUAGAUGAUUUUGGUGUUUCAAUGGGGUACCAAAAAGCCUGGAGAGCAAGAGAAAAAGCUUUAGAAUUGGCAAGGGGAAAUCUAGAUGAUUCAUACCAAAAACUUCCCAUCUACCUUCACAUGCUAAAAGUAUCGAACCCAGGUACAAUUACACACCUGGUUACAGACAAUACAGAUCACUUCAAAUAUAUGUACCUAGCAUUUGCAAAUUCCAUCAAAGGAUGGAAACACUGUAGGCCAGUCAUUGUGAUAGAUGGAACUUACUUGAAGACAUCAUUUGGGGGAACUUUAUUCACUGCUUCAACAAUGGAUGCUAACAACAACAUAUUCCCAUUAGCCUUUGGAAUUGGAGACUCUGAAAAUGAUUCAUCAUGGUUAUGGUUUUUCACAAAGCUAAAGGAGACAUAUGGAGAAAGAGAAGGUAUGGCAAUCAUUUCAGACAGGCAUAAAAGCAUAGAAAAUGCUAUAGACCAUGUAUACCCAAAAGCUUUCCAUGGAGCAUGCAUAUUCCACCUGUUAAACAACAUCAAAGUCAAUUUUGGUGUCCAUGGGGAGGACCUAAACCUAAACUUUGUCAAAGCAGCAAAGGCAUACAGGGUACAAUCAUUUGAGCAUUACAUGCAUGAAAUAGACAAGAUUGACACACGCAUAAGACCGUAUUUACAAAAAAUUGGAUAUUCAACUUGGUCUAGAUGCCAUGCUCCAACAAGAAGAUAUACAAUGAUGACAUCAAAUAUAGCUGAAUCAAUAAAUGCUGCAUUGAAAGCUGCAAGAACGCUGCCAAUCACUACAAUGAUGGAGGGCCUUCGAAGUUUAGUUCAAAAAUGGGUAUGGAAAAAUGGUAACGAAGCAAACGGAACAUUCACACAAGUAACAACAGAUACUGAAACUGUGCUUAGAGAAAACUUUAUUCGUGCCAUUAAAUUUCAGGUCUUCCCAGUAAACACUAUACUGUACCAAGUUGUGGUUGAACAGAAAGGAAAUUUUUUGGUCAACCUAAUGGAGAAAACAUGUGAAUGCAAAAGAUUCCAACAAGACGAAAUACCGUGUGCACAUGCAAUAGCAGUAUUCGCCAAAACACGGCUGAAAACAUAUGAUUAUGUUGCUGAUUACUACAAAACUACAACUAUGAAAGCAACAUAUGACUCAACUGUUCAUCCAUUGCCAAAUGAAGGCGAAUGGACACUGCCAGAGACUUUAAACAUAAUUGUCCUACCACCAAAAUCAAGAAAACCACCAGGCCGCCCUAGAAGGAAAAGAAUCAGAUCUAGAGGAGAACCAAAGGUGCAAAUAAAAUGUGGAAGAUGCGCACAGCAAGGGCAUAACAGAAAAACAUGCAGGAAUGAACCAAUCCCAAAGCUGCGAAACACAACAAAGUCAAAGAAAAUAGACAAAUAA